AUGUGGAAUUUUUCAUUAUGGAUUUGAUUAUAAAUUUUUAAAUUUGGACCCAAUUUUAUAUUGGCAGAGAGAUAAUUACCUUGUUCUUUUGGUCUGCGACCGUGUAUAUAAUCUUUGCGUGCUAGCGUGAAGAUUAAUUUCUCCAGAGAUGUUUGAAAAGCGGAUUUGCCGGCCUAAAGGAGCCUUCCGUCGAUUUCAAAAAUUGUUAAGUGACUUCUAAUAAGAAGUAGAUAUAAGUUCCCUUCGUUAAAAAGGAAGGGACCUAGUUUUGGACAGACCUUUAUUGGGGUUUAAAACUUGAACGACCUUAAUUUGGAUUUAACUUCAAAGUUUGACUACCUAAUCUGGGAUAAUUAACUGAAUGAACUUUUUUAAUUGCUAACUGCAUUCUAUGGAUAUGGUCCUAUUUGUAUUCUUCGUGACAAGUAGGGAGCCUUAUGUGUUGCUAAAGGUCAGAUCCACUCAUAUUAGUUCUUUUGUUGUAAAAUUUUCUGUAAACCAACAAACUCAUGAGUUUUGCAGGAAAACAUCGAGAGCAUGAAAAAACUACUUUGGCGGGAAUCACGUUAUGAAGUUGACAGUUCAAGGCUUGGAAAGAAACAGUAUGACUUUGUAAACGAAAGGUGGAUCAUCGUUACGCAAUAUUAAUACAAAUCGUUUCAAUUAUAUGUUAAAUAGUUUUAUGUGUAUAAAUUUUCGAUAUUAAUAUAAAAUAUAGUUUAAUAUUCAAUUUUCCAAAGUCUCAAUGCUACUUAUUUCAAUACGUUUAGAAUCAAAUGCUUUCAAGACAUUAUGUGAAAUGUGUUGCCUAUACGAAAUACCAGUGAUAUAAUGGAGGAAAAAUCUAUUUAGCGAUUUCAUUUGUUUACAAGGAAAUUAUUGAAUUAUGUUUAGAAGUGGUGAGUGUGUGUGUUUGUGAGUGCUUAACAAAAUAUAUGAAUACAAAUUAAGUGAAUUCUAAGGAUAAUAAAAGUUUAGAUUCGCUACAAUCAUGAGUGGACCAUUCAAAAGAAGAUCUUCUAUAAAGACCUUGCCGGCUAUGAGUCUACCGGUGGAUUCGAUGAGAAGAGCGUCGAUUCGAAGAACUUCGAUAGCUUUGGGUCAGCAAAGUGGAAAAACCGCCGGACAACAGGAAGUCCCGUGGGAUAUUCUCGAUAGGUGUUUAUUACCUGUCAUUUUUUGUCACGCGACAGCUGUACUCGUCAGUAACGCCUUGAACGUGUUAAAAAUAUGGGAAGUUACGACUUUUACGUUGUUUAUAUGGUUUACAAUCGUUACUAUAGGAGCCGUUCUAUUCUAUCACAAUCUGAAGGUGACAGCAGCAGGUAAAGCGGUUUUAAUAACCGGCUGCGAUUCUAGAGUAGGUAGCGCCCUAGCUCGACAGCUCGACGAACAAGGUUUCACAGUUUUCGCGGGAUUUCAAAACGCGUCGACUAGCUCGGCGGCGGAGGAAUUAAAAGAAGUAUGUUCCGGUAGAUUACACGUGCUACAACUAGAUGUCGCAUCGGAAACACAAAUUUUAGCCGCCUCCCUUUACGCCGUAGAACAUUUACCAGACGGAGCUCCGGGGCUUUGGGCCGUCGUUCAUGCGCAAUCGUGGGUAGCGUUAGGGGAGAUCGAAUGGAUUCCACCACAGGUAAUCAAGAAAGCGACCGAUAUUAAUUUUAUCGGCCCGACGCGUGUCACCCAGAUCAUGUUACCUUUAGUACGGCGCGCCAAAGGUCGCAUCGUCAUGGUUACUUCCGGUUUAUGCAGAGUCUCGUCGCCGGUUCGAGGUAUACAUUGCGGAUUAUUGGCGGCGCUGGAAUCCCAAGCCGAAUGUUUGAGAAAAGAACUGAAAAGUAGAGGUGUGGACGUGGUGGUGGUGGCACCUGGAGAACUAACAUCCGGUUCGUCUUGGUUAUCGGACCAGCAUAUAAUCGAUCAAGCGAAAGACAUGUGGAAACAGCUCGGACAGGAACAAAAAAGCGAAUACGGGGAACAUUAUUUCGAGACUGCUUUGAGGAGUUUGGAAAAACACACCAAAGCGCAAGAGGUCGAUCUAUUUCCCGUACUCAGAGCGCUCAAUGAUGCCGUCAUUCGUACUUUUCCGUUGGCUAAAUACACUCCUGUAUCUCGCAAAGAAAAAAUUCAAGUUUUUAUCGCUGAAUAUUUUCCUAGAUCCGUUUAUGACGUCAUUUAUUCUUAAAUCGAUCUUUUUCUAAUAAAAGGAGGUUACUAUACGAGGUAUUUUGAUAACAAAAAUCUUCAAUACGGUUUACUAUUAUAUUUUUUUUUAGUUAUUGGAACGCCCCGUAUAAAAACCAACGAUAAUUUUUAUUAUUGAUCGAUUUUUUUGACAAACAAUCGCAUUUAGAUAAUAAUUUCUUAAAGAAUAUCUAAAGAUGUUAAAUUGUAGUAUUAGUAGCGAUUUUAGGAAAAAAUUUUGAAAAAUCGAAAAUCUGGUCAAAAAUUAAUAUACAUUACACCUAAUUGAGCUUUACCCUGACGUCAUACUCAAAUAAGUAUACGCGUUGUAAAUAUUUAUUACUCCACUCUGUAUAAAAUGGAAAAGUAAUUAUUAAAAAUUUUCCCAUAUCGCCCCAAUUUAUUAAUAAUAAAACAUACAUUUUUCCCGUAUCGCCCCCAUGUAUUAAUAAUGAUACUUCCCGCGUUUCAUAUAUAUAAAAAUUUUCCCAUAUUAAUAAUAAAAUCUCUACAACAAAUUUUCCCAUCUCGCCCCCAUUUAUUAAUUUUAAAACAUCGACAGUAAACUUUUCCAUCUCGCCCCCAUUGACUUAUAUUUAAACCUCCACGUUCCUAAUACAACAAAUUUUUCUCAUCUCACUCCCAUUUAUUAAUAACAAAACCUUCUUAACAAUCUUUCUAUCUCGCUCUCUUAAUAAUAAAACAUCUACUACAAAAAAUUUUCUCAACUCUCCCCAAUUUAUUAAUAACAGUAUCUCCACAACCAAUUUAACUAUCUCGCCUCAUUUAUUGAUAGCAAAACCUCCAGAACAUUUUUUUCCAUAUCGCCCCUAUUUAUUUAUAUUGAAACCUCGCGCGUUCCUAAUACAACAAAUUUUGCCAACUCGCCCCCAUUUUUUAAUAACAAUACCUACAGAACAAAUUCUUCCAUAUCGGCCCAAUUCAUUUAUAUUGACCUCGCACGUUCCUAAGAUAACAAAUUUACCCCUUUUAUUAAUAACGAAACCUCCAGAAUCAAUUUUAUCCCCCAUCUAUUAUUAUUUAAACCUCCACAACGAAUUUUCCCCUAGCGCCCCCAUUUAUUUAUAACACAACCUCCCGCGUUCCCAAUACAACAAAUUCUCCCUAUCUCGCCCCCCACUUAUUAAUAUUAAAACGUCCCACGUAUUGCUACACAUCCAGCGAAGUCUCGUAGAGCACUAAACGGCAAAACAGCUGAGUUCUAAUAUCUGUCACAGGUCAUUGGCAUGACGUAGACAUUGGUGGAAGGAGUAAACCGAAUCGUUGUUGCCAAAUUCAAACAGAUAGAAAACAUACUAAAAUUUCAGUUAAACGACAAUUACCAAAUUCUGGAAAAAUUAAUCAUAAUAUUCCGUUCCGUGGAUUCUUAGACACAACUAAUCUGAACGUAAAUAAAUAUUUUAAUAAUAUUUAACUGUUUGAAAAAAAUGACAGCAAUCAGAAGAGAUCGAAAUGAAUACUUACUAAUUAACCAAAUUAAUUAUACCUAUCACUAUCUCUGUUUAACUUAUGAAGUAUAUAAAACAACGUUUGUCAUUUCUUAAAUCGUAAAUAUCGCUAGACAAGGAUGACAAAUAUGAAGUUUUUAUUUGCUCGUUUAUACUUUAAAUGGCGUCAUGGCGAAGAUCAGUUUGAUCCGAUGUAGUGACAGCUUCGUUUUGUAAAAAUAAAAAGUUUUAAAUAAAA